CAGAAACGCCUCUCCAUUUCCCCAUACAAAAGCAAACACACAACCUCUCUCUCUCUCUCUCUCUCUCUCUCUCUCUCUCUCUCUCUCUCUCUCACACACACACACACACACACACGCAUAGAAAUUAACACAGCUUUCAUUAAUAAGUAGUCAUCGGGAUCAGCUGCCCUUUUGAUCUCCUCCUUCCUCUCGAUCUCAUUGUUACUUAUCUCUGCGUAGACACAGAGAGAGAGUGAGGGAGAGAAAGAGAAAGAGAAAGAAAGAGAAAGAGAAAGAGAGAGAGUUUUUGCUGGAAAGACGCAGAGAUGAAGAUGGCGGACAUAGAGGCUCAAGGCAAGAGAAUUAACCAAGAUUCCACCGCCAUCUUCAAGAAAGCCAAUCACUCCAUUACACUAAAGUUUGAGAAUGUAGUUUACAAAAUCAAAACCAGGGCAGGAGUCGUCCCUCACCUGCCCAGGAAGGACUCGAACGACAAAGAUAAACUCAUCCUUAAGGGAGUCACCGGAAUUGUCCAGCCGGGCGAAAUGCUGGCCAUGCUUGGCCCCUCCGGCAGCGGCAAAACCACCCUCCUCACGGCAUUGGGCGGCCGUCUUGGCGGCCGCCUUGCCGGAAGCAUAUCCUACAAUGGCAAGCCAUUUUCCAACACAAUGAAGCGGAGCACCGGCUUCGUGACCCAGGACGACGUCCUCUACGAGCACCUCACCGUGACCGAGACCCUUGUCUACACUGCCCUUCUCCGCCUUCCCAAAACCCUAACCAAAGAAGAGAAGAUUGGGCAUGCCGAGGCAGUGAUCUCGGAACUAGGCCUGAGCAAGUGCAAGAACAGUGUGAUCGGUGGGCCGCUGGUUCGAGGGGUUUCUGGUGGAGAGAGGAAGAGGGUUAGCAUAGGGCAGGAGAUGCUCAUAAACCCUAGCUUGCUGUUUUUGGAUGAGCCCACGUCGGGGCUUGAUUCGACCACGGCGCAGAAGAUCAUUUCGACAUUGUGGCAGCUUGCAAAUGAGGGAAGAACCAUUGUGAUGACAAUCCACCAGCCCUCAAGUAGGAUAUUUUACAUGUUUCAUAAGGUGCUGCUGUUAUCAGAAGGCAAUCCUCUGUAUUUUGGGAAGGGAGAAGGAGCAAUGGAAUACUUUUCAAGCAUCGGUUAUGCACCAUCAGUGGCAAUGAACCCUUCAGAUUUUCUUCUAGAUCUUGCAAAUGGCAUAGCUUUAGACGAUGCACAGGAGGAUCAAAACGCAGUUAAGAUGGCUUUGGUUUGUAGCUAUAAGAACAAUUUGGCCAACCAAUUGAAGGCUGCACUUCAUGAAGUGGACAAUGGCGUUCCACUCAGAGCAGAAGACAAGCAGUUCGGACGAUGGAAUGUAAGUUGGUGGGAGCAGUUCUGCGUGUUGCUCAAAAGAGGUGUCAAAGAGCGGAAGCACGAGUCCUUCUCUUGCCUCAAGAUUUUUCAGGUCUUGGUGGUUGCUCUCCUCUGUGGGUUGCUGUGGUGGCAAUCUGACAUCUCUCACUUGCAAGAUCAGAUGGGUCUCCUCUUCUUUUACUCUGGAUUCUGGGGCUUCUUCCCUCUAUUCGAAGCAAUUUUCGCCUUCCCUCAGGAGCGCAUGAUGCUUGAGAAGGAACGAUCUUCUGGCAUGUAUAGGCUCUCAUCAUACUUCAUGGCCCGAACCAUUGGCGACCUCCCCAUGGAGCUUGUUCUUCCCACCGUCUUCGUGAUCAUAACCUAUUGGAUGGCAGGCCUCAAGCCCACAUUUGCGGAUUUCCUGCACACCCUCUUUGUUCUCCUAUUUGCCGUGCUAGUUUCUCAUGGCUUUGGCCUUGCUUUAGGUGCAAUCGUCAUGGAUCAAAAGUCGGCCACGACCGUAGGAGGGGUUGUUAUGCUAUCCUUCCUCCUAGCCAGUGGGUACUAUGUCCAACAUGUUCCCUCCUUCAUAUCAUGGAUCAAGUAUGUGUCUCUCACCAAUUACACAUACAAGCUCCUCUUGGGGUCACAGUACAAGCCCAAUGACACCUACCCGUGCGGCCCUGAUCAUCACAUUUGCUCGGUUGGGGAGCUCCCCGCCAUGAAAAUUGUGGGACUUGAUGGGCAAGUCACGGCUGCGGUCGCUUUGAUCAUAAUGCUGGUGGGCUACAGGCUUAUCGCUUAUAUUGCGCUGAUGAGGAUUGGAGUGACAAGCAAUUAGAUGUGUAUACCGCGCUUAUGCUUUUGUUCCGGUUUGAAACCUAGCUGGCCGGUUUGCUCAAAAUGAGGAAACCCAGAGGAGGAUUCAAGCUGUGGUUAUGAAAUAUGGAGACAAUUUGUGUUAUUUCAUGAGCCAUGUUCUGGAAUGUUAAAUCUGAAUCUGUUGAAUAUAGAAAAAACCUCCUGCGGUCAACCUUUGUUGUUGUAAAUUAAGGGGUUUUCGUUUAUUUCUAAACUC